AUGGACACGACCUUCAAGCCGGCACUGGAAUCGGAGUUCGGCAAGGCGUUGGCCACCCUUCAGCGGGAUCCUUAUGGACGCCUCCCGCAGAAGCAGGCGGAGGCCAUCGUGGCUUUCUUUGCUGCUACGCAGCCUUCCGAGAAGGAGCGAUUGGGAUGGAGCUUUUCGGAAGAGCUGGAUUCAUUCACCAGGAUACUGCCCUAUGUGAUCUGCGCAUUUAACGCCAUCGACCGCGACUGCGAUACCUUGGUCUCCGACGAGGAGGUGACUUCCUGGCUACAGAACCCACAGCUGGAGCAUCGGGUGGAGGACACGCGGUGGAAUUUCGCAGACUUGAAGAGUGUGGAGGCCAGCCUCCCCGCGCUCUGCCUCUCGGGCCUUUCCGGCACCAAGGGUUUGGCCUGCAUCAUGGAGCACAUCAAGAACUUCCAUUUCCAGUCCGACGUGAGCUCCAUGGGACUCCGGGAUUGCGUCCUGACGGCCAUGAAGGUCUUCACUGAGCUCCAUGUGCGGGUGGGCUAG